CACCGCCACCCCCUCCUCCUUCCUCCGCCCACCGCCGCCGCCUCCACCGCUGAGACGUUCAACGCGAAGCUUCCGGUUGUGAGAUGGCCACCAUGCCUUCGUCGAGGAGGCAGUUGUUGAGGCCUUUGCCGGCGGAAGGUACUAGGAUCGGGAUCCCUUUUCCUCCGUCUAGACUCAGCAGUGGAAGUAGUAGCAGUAGUUCUCCGAUGUUGGCGGAGGAGGCUGGAGGGAAUUUGGAUGGGGAUUUGAAGCCAAAGUUGAAGCCUUUGCAUUGGGAUAAAGUCAGGGCGAGUUCUGAGCGAGCCACGGUUUGGGAUCAGUUGAGGUCGAGCUCAUUCCAAUUGAAUGAAGACAUGAUUGAGACCCUGUUUGUCAAUAAUGCCACUAACCCUCCUCCUAAAGAAACACGUAAGAAACCUGUUAUGCCUCCAUUCAAGAAGGAGAACAGAGUUUUGGAUCCGAAGAAGUCGCAAAACAUUGCUAUUCUUCUAAGGGCACUGAAUGUGACUCGCGAGGAGGUGACUGAAGCACUUUUAGAUGGUAAUCCUGAAGGCUUAGGGGCCGAGCUUUUGGAAACUUUGGUCAAGAUGGCUCCCACAAAAGAGGAAGAAAUAAUAUUAAGAGAAUACAGUGGUGAUUUAUCCAAACUGGGAUCUGCGGAGAGGUUUCUAAAGGCAGUCUUGGAUAUACCUUUUGCCUUCAAAAGAGUUGAUGCAAUGCUCUAUAGAGCCAAUUUUGAGUCAGAAGUCAGGUACCUGUGGAAAUCCUUUGAAACCCUUGAGGCAGCUUGCGAGGACUUAAGCAGCAGCAGAUUAUUCCUCAAGCUACUAGAAGCUGUGCUUAGAACAGGAAACAGAAUGAAUGUCGGUACAAACCGAGGACAGGCUAAAGCCUUCAAACUCGACACCCUCCUAAAGCUUGCAGACGUCAAAGGAACUGACGGAAAAACAACUCUCCUACAUUUCGUCGUCCAAGAAAUCAUUCGAUCUGAGGGAGCAAGCUCUGAUGCACCAUCAGAAGAACCUUCGAACAAAACCAAAGACAAUGAAUUUAGAAAGCAAGGAUUAAAAGUCUUGGCUGGGCUCAGUAACGAGCUUGGAAACGUCAAGAAAGCAGCAGGUAUGGAUUCUGAUGUUCUAAGCGGUUAUGUUAGAAAGCUAGAACUUGGAUUAGAGAAGAUAAGAUCGGUAUUGCAAUUAGAGAGAUCUUGUGACCAAGGAUUGAAAUUCUUCGAUUCGAUGAAAUUGUUUCUUAAAGAGGCUGAACGGGAGAUUGCUCAAGUUAAGGCUGAAGAGAAGAGGGCAACGGGACUAGUGAAAGAGAUUACUGAGUAUUUUCAUGGAGAUACAUCAAGGGAAGAAGCUCAUCCUCUUAGGAUUUUCAUGGUGGUGAGGGAUUUCUUGUCGGUGUUGGAUCAUGUAUGCAAGGAUGUAGGAAGAUUACAGGAGAGGACGAUGAUGGGUUCAGCGGGAUCGUUUAGGAUCUCCUCGAGUGCUUCUUUACCAGUUCUACAUCGGUAUGAUCCAAGAUUGCACAGAAAUUCUGAUGAGGAUAGUUUUUCUUCGUGAAAUAAAUCAGGAGGUAUGUGAUGAAUUUCAGCUGUUCACAUGAGCCGUUCAUCUCUGUACAGGAAAUAAGCUACUGAGGAAAGGAAGAAACUUGUCAUAUAUAAUUUUCUUCUUACAUAGAUUAAAGUAUAGCAGCAUUAGAGGAGGCUUAUAGAUUGGAACCUGACAGAUUAUAGAGACUAGGUUCCUCCACAAUGUAAUUGAGUGUAUGGAUAAUUAUUAACAUUUAUUCAUAUUUUUUGUAUUAUUUUCAUAAAUCAAAUAUGCCGUGAAUGUGAUUUAAAAAGACCAAAA